GGAGGAGACUGAUAGCAGCUUUCCAUUAACUGCUGCUCCUAUCAACAAUAUUAAAGAAGGUGCCCCUGACAAUCAGAAUCCUGAUGUGGGCCAGCAGGAGCUGAAGAUUUUCCACAUAAGUGUGGAAAGUGAAAGAAUCUGGGCCAACAUGAAAGAAGAGCAACUGAAUUUGAAGGAGACUGAAGAGACCAGGUUUCCAUUAACUGUUGUCCAUAUGAAGAGCGAAGAGAAUGAAGAGAAACCUCUAUUCUCUCACAUCCAACAGCAAAUAGAAGUCGGCGAUUUUUCAAGUAGCACUUCAGCUGUUCAUAUACAAGAAAAAAAUAAAGAGGACUCAAAUGUUGAUUUAUUGAAAAAUGUUACUGUAGGUAAUAAAAAUGUAAAAAAAACUCUAAAGACAAACAAAACAGUCCACACCAGAGAGAAAUGCUUUAGUUGUGAUGCUUGUGGACAUUUUUUUUUCUUUAAGUCACAUUUGAAAACGCACAUGAGAAUCCACACGGGAGAAAAGAUUUCUUUCUGUAAUGCAUGUGGUAAAAUAUGUUCCUCAAAGUCAGACUUAAAUAAUCACAUGAGCAUCCACGCAGGAGAGAAAACGUUUGGUUGUGAUACAUGUGGAAGAAAGUUUUCCAGCAAACCACAUUUAAAAAGACACAUGACACUUCACAAUGGAGAAAAACCUUUUGGCUGUGACGCAUGUGGGGGGAAAUUUUCCAGUAAGACAUACUUAAAAAUACACAACAGAAUCCACACAGGAGAGAAACCUUUUGGCUGUGAUUCUUGUGGUAAAAGAUGGUCCACAAAGUCGGCCUUAAAAAAUCACAUGAGCAUCCACACAGGAGAGAAACCUUUUAGUUGCAAUGCAUGUGGGAGAAGAUUUUCUAAUAAGUCACAUCUAAAUAGACACACGACACUUCACACAGGAGAGAAACCUUUUGGUUGUGAUGAAUGUGGGAGAAGAUUUUCCUGUAAGUCAGAUUUAAAUACGCACAUAAGAAUCCACUCUGGAGAGAAACCUUUUUGUUGUGAUGCUUGUGGUAAACGUUGUACUUCAAAGUCAAACUUUAAAAUACACAUGAAAAGCCACACAGAAGAGAAACCAUUUGGUUGUGAUGCUUGUGGUACAAGAUUUUGGUCAAAGGCACAUUUACAAAUACACAUGAGAAUCCACACAGGAGAGAAACCCUUUGGUUGUGGUGCAUGUGGUAAAAGCUAUUCCUCAAAGUCAACCCUAAAUUGUCAUAUGAGAAUUCAUACAGGAGAGAAACCCUUUGGUUGUGAUACAUGUGGUAAAAGAUGUUCCUCGAAGUCAGACCUAAACAAACAUGUUAGAAUUCACACUGGUGAGAAACCUUUUGGAUGUGAUGAUUGUGGAAAAAGAUUUUCAAGAAAAUUACAUUUAAAUUUACACAUGACAAUCCACACAGGAGAUAAACCCUUUGAUUGUGAUGCUUGUGGUAAAAGGUUUUCCUCAAAGCCACGUUUAAAUAAACACACGAGAACCCAUACAGAGGAGAAACCUUUUGUUUGUGUGUCAUGUGGUAAAAGAUUUUCCUCAAAGUCAAAUUUAAACAAACACACAAGCAUCCACAUCAGCGAGAAACCUUUUGGUUUUGAUGCUUGUGGAAAACAAGAGAAGAUAAAUUCCUGAAUUGUCCCACAAUGGGGAAAUUCAGGCAUAAUAGUUAUACACCAAGUCUCCAAUGAAAAACAAGCUAAUCUAAUCUAAAGUUCAUGUUAAGGCAACCAAGAAUGAACUCAUUAGAAAGGCCCUAAUAAAAAAUUUAGACCAGAGUAAAUAUUGUACAAUUAUUGAUAAUAUUGCAUAUCCAGGUAUAUAUCGGUAUUGUGUAUCAGCCAAUAUGUUUAGCCCAAGUAUUUGUAUCUGAUUGGAUCAGAAAAAAUGGAUUUGUGCAUCUCUAUUUUUAAAACGAAUUGUUCUCCUUGAUUAACAAUAAUUAUUAGAUUUAUUUUAUAACCAAAUAAAUGAUUUGCCAGCAAAAAUGUUUUUUCAUACAAUAAUUUUGUAAAUGGAAACUCCUACACAAGAGUAACAACAAGCAAUUUUACUGGUAUAAUGAAGAAAGCAAUAAAAUUCAACCUAGAGGUCAGAGGCAUCUGGUAAAAAGAGCCGUCUGAUCGGCUUCUGGCGAGUCUUAGAGAAGCUACAAUAAUUAACAAGGCGUGCAGACGGGGGAUUGGCACAAUAUCCCCAGCACUGGCCCAGAAGAUCUGAUAGUGGAUGAACGUCAAGGUUUAAUUUUGAUAAUGAAUUAACAUUUCUAUUAGUAGUAAAAUGAAAAAGCAUUUUCAUUCAAAUUGGCUCCGUCAUCGUACCACAACCAUUGAACUAUUUACCUUUACAUAUCAGGCAGGCUGGCUCAAUAUUUGCUUUUUGAUAUUCUUUUAAGACAUAAUUUUCUCUUUUUACCCAGUUGGAGAUUUUGGCUUUUGAGGUUUUAUUGCUUGUUUUUAUGUCUCUGCUCUUUAUUUGACUUUUACUGUGCUUUUGCUGUUUUAUUCUGUCAUGUUCUGAAAUAUUUGCUUUUUAGGAACUGUAAAACACUUUGGCCAACUGAGUUGUAUCUUAAAGUGCCUUAUGAAUAAAGUUGUUGAAUUGA